AAGAGAGAAUUGGGAAUUAGGAAAUUACCGAAAAGCAAACGAGACAGGCGAGCUGGCAAUUCCAGGGAUGAGCGAGUGAAAACUACACCGCCUCGGAAAGAUUUAACCGGAAAGUGGGCGUAACCGUCCCGGCUUUCCCCUGUCUGUGUUCAAAUGAAAGUCGAUAAGAGCAAUUCCUCCUUUUUAUCCCCACUUCUUUGUAUAACAAUCAUUCUAUUGGCAUUGAAUCCAGUUGUGAGCAUCAGAUUCCCAGAUCGGAUCCCUGAGGUUCCAAAGGAUCCUUCUAAUCAGCCAUUGCAAACAGCAGUUUUCGCUCUUGGAAGCUUCUGGAGGUCGGAAGCUGCAUUUGGCUGCCUCAACGGCGUCGUUAGAACCUCCGUCGGUUAUGCUGGUGGUUCUAAACCCAAUCCCGAGUACAGAAGUUUGGGCGAUAACGCUGAAUGUGUUCAGGUCGAAUAUGAUCCCGAAGUAAUUGGUUUUAGACAACUAUUGGAGGUCUUCUGGUCUAAUCACGAUUCUAGGCAAGUCUUUGGGCAAGGUCCUGAUGUGGGUAACCAGUACAGGUCUAUUAUUUUCACAAGCGGCACUGAGGAGUCCAGAUUGGCUGCUGUUAGCAAGGAAAGAGAACAAUCAAAGUCAAAGAGCAGCAUUGUAACCACUCAAAUUCAACAGCUCGAAGCUUUUCAUCCUGCUGAGCCUGAACAUCAGAAAUUUGAGCUUAAGCGGAAUCCAUUCCUACUACAGUUGAUGGGAAACUUGCCGGAGGAGGAGCUUGAGAGGUCAACACUUGCUGCAAAACUAAAUGGCUAUGCAGCAGAGCUCUGUCCAUCAAGGAUCCAAAAGCAAAUUGAUGCAAAGAUCAAUGAUAUUAUUAAGAAAGGUUGGCCCAUUCUCAGAGAAAUAUAGAUAUACAUCUCAAAGAUAUAUGAGAUCCUGCAGACCUUUGUUAUGUAAGAAAGAGGGAGUAUUGUUUCCUUUGCCGAGGAAAUGUCUUGUAGAUCACAGAUACCCUCUCAUGCAGAUUCUCCUACAUUAUGGAAUACGGAUAGCGAAUAGCAAGCAGAGAUCGUUUUGACGGAGAUUAAUCAAAUUUGUUUGUAUAAUCAGAAUGUUGAGGAUAUGUUGGUUGAACUAGACUGCACAUUGUUGCCAUGAUGGGAUUGUUGGACCUUAAAAUCAGGUUGUUGUACGCAUUUUUCUAUUAUUGAAUCCUAUAUAUGCUUCAGAACCAUCUUAUCAAGUU